AACCAUCUUGUUAGUCUUUAAAGUGCUGCAUAGUCCUGUCUUUUGUUUCCUCAGGCAAGGAGUUCCACAGGUUGACUAUGCCUUGUGUGAAGAAGAACUUUCUUUUAUUAGUUUUAAACCUGCUACCCACUGGGCCAAGCAGCAAUGCAGAGCGGGGGAGGGUUGGGUCUCCUCCAUCCCAGGAAGGUCCUGGAACUCCCAGGCAAAGCUGGGACCCCAGCAGGGCACUGACAGCCAAGCCAAGAGUCAGCCUGUGUCAGCAGAUGGAGUUGGGUACACGGCAACUUUUCUGAACCCCACCAGGAGGCAAGGCCCUGAAUUCAGCCAUCUGAAGUGGAAAUCCCUCAGCUAGAAUCAUGAAAUAAUGUGCCCAGGCGCAGACUGUCAGCAGGAUGGGGCCAGGCCUUUUGCCUUCCCCCUGGCAGUGUGGAUCAAGGACUCCGACCAGGGCUUCAUGCGCUGCAGCAGUCGGCCUGCCUGGCCCAUGGGGCUGAGACACUUGGGAUUUCGGGGAGGCCCUGAACUAGCUGGAUCUGCUGACCAAGGAGUGGGACCCCGUCCAGGUGGAAAAGACAACCUGGCAGUGCUCCAGAAGCUGUGCCUGGGGUGCAGGGAAGGAGGGGGCUGCUGGCGCUUGAGAGGGGAGGGACGAGACUGGGGACCGGAGCUGAAUUUCCAUAAAUCCAGCGCCAGUGUGUGAGGUCCGGGCUACCCCACAGCCCUGCCCCGCUCCCACCAAGUUACUCAGGGCUGAGACAAAGUCCCGUCUCCGAGUGACUGUUUUUAGACGGAUCUCUCGCUCCCUCCGCGCGGGGUGGGUGGGGGAGUUUCUCCCCCGGCCAGAGCUAGCGCCCUGGGGGUGGGGGUUCUCAGGCACGUUUCCCCAACAGCAGCACCCGCUGGGGCUGCCGGGCGGCUUCCUCCAAUUCUCUCUCGGGCGGCAGCUGCAAACAGCAAAGUGGCUGCGAAACUUAACCGACCGAUAGGGGCGGGGCGCCCGCAAGUCAGAACGGAAACUAAAGAAGGCCCCAAAAUCCAACGCUGGGCGGUGUCCGGCCUCGCACCCCGCGAUCCAGGGGGACCCGCGCCCCGGGGGACGCUCAGCUUUCGGAGCAGAGAGGGGAGCCGGGGCCAGGACCUCACAGACGCCUCCCUCGGCCUUGGCUGGGACCAGUCUAGUGGAAAAGACCCGAGCCCUCCCCAGUGCGGGCAGCAGUGUCUGCAGCCUGGGCAUCGCUGAGCGAGAGAGAUGAUGGGGCAAGCCACAAGUUACUAUGAGGGUAGCACGUCAUUGAAACCACUUCGCGGAGAUUGUACCAGGAAGCACAAAGAAGAUCCAGAGCAUCAUUGCUACUACUGGAAAUGUGCAGUCGCCCUCGGAGUCGUUCUCGCAAUUGUGUCCUCUGCUUUUGUUGUUACAGUUUCAGCAGUGCUUCUAUUAAUGAGACCUUCAGAUGCCUUAGUCUCCCAUGCUGUACCCUCUCUGGCUCCCCCUUUUGCUUCCUCUCCGGCUUCCCUGUUUGUCUCCUACUGCCCGAAGAAAUGGGUCGGGUACGGAGGGAAAUGCUACUAUUUCUCAGAGGAAGAAAAGAGCUGGAAUGUUAGCCAGCACUUCUGCUCCUCGUUUAAUGCUUCCCUGGCUGGGAUCGACACCCUGCAGGAAAAGGAUUUCAUAAUGCGCUACGCUGGCCUCGUGGAGCACUGGAUUGGCCUCCGAAGAGAAUCCGGCCAGCCCUGGAAGUGGGUGAAUGGGACCCAAUUGAAACAGCAACUGUUUGAAGUACGAGCAGAAGGGGACUGCGCCUACCUGAGCGAUGUCUUUGUGAGCUCUUCCAGGUGCUAUUCUGUGAGAAACUGGAUCUGCAGCAAACCUGAUGCCUAUAUGAAGGCAAAGAAAAAUGCAAUGGAGGGAGAGUGAGCGGAUCACUAUGAGGUUCUGUUAUGAACAGAGCAGGGGGUCUCAAACGUCACUGGAUCACAGUGGGACCUGUUGGAGCGGCUCACACUUUGUUGCUGUGCACCAUUAGCACCCACAUAAAGCGCCCACCGGACCAGGGCCGGCCCACAACAUUUUGGCACCUGAGACGGGGAACUCAAACAACGCCCCCGUGCCUCUUAUUCUGCCUGUCGUGUCUCUUAUGCCCUCCUUCCUCCAGCACAGCACUCCACCAUCUCUGUGCAUCUAGAACAGAGUGAAUACAUAUGCACCAGCAACAGACACAAUUUUCUACACUCUGGGUCCUAGUGGUGCCUCCCCCCACACACACAGUCUGGCACCUGAGGCAGCCGCCUCAGUUCGCCUUAUGGUAAGGCCAUCCCUGCACCACGUCUCUUCUUUCUUUCCAGGAAUCUCUGAUGUGAAAUUGCUGCCUCAAGGCGUUUUUGCCCCUCCAGUUCACGUGGGCUAUCUUCCUGAAGCAGCGAGUAUGCAAUGGAGCAAGUUUCUGAAUGUGGCAGCAAUAUACCAGCCACGUCACCAAGCCAUUCAACAGAGAAUUCAGGACAACUGCCUGCUAGACUGUUAUCUUUGUAUGAAGAAGUUGAGCACUGUGAUUGUUCUAUAAGCGCUUGGUCAGUCUUCUGAAGGCAGCACUGGCUUUGGUUAGUUGAGCAGAUACAUCGUCCUCAGCAGGGCUCGACAAAUCAUGUAAUCUACUCGCCCGUGGCGAGUAAAUUACAAGCCGGCACAGCCAGCGCCAUGCGAUCUGCACAUGCAUGGUCACCUUUUCUCUUGUGUAUGUGUCCAGUCUGGGCAUCUUUGAAGUCCUGGAGGACUUGCUCUUUCUCUCCAAUGGCGAUAGAUAAAUGGGUGAGACGGCACAUCAGCUGGCCACCGCCAGCUUUAUAGAUUUCUGAUGAGAUUCCAUCAUUGCCAGAUGCCUUUUCAGAUUUCAUCUGUGUGAUGGUUUUUGGUUCCUCCCCAGUAGUUGGCGGUAUAACUGGCUGUGAAUCAUUAGCCUACUGAGGAAUCUUUCAAAACCCUGCUGUCAAAAGUUGAUGUCUGGUUUAAUACAUUAUGAAAAUGUUCAUCCCAGUGGUUCAUCCCAGUGGUUAAGGAUUUUAACACGAUCUGUAAUCGGAGUGCAGCCAUCUGCAGAGCCCACUGGUAUAGAGCCAGCAGGGCAUGGCCCAUUGAUCUGCCUUCCGCCCAUGAUAGCCUGCUUUAAAAUCAUGUCCAUCGGCUGUGCCUUGAAGUUUGGCUGCUUUGCAUUUCCACCAGUUCUGUCAUUCGCCCUAACGUGACUUGUGCCUUCGGCUUAGCUCAAAUGCAUGCUGAUUUCCCAGAGACGGUCUCUUUGUCAUUGAUCUAGGCCAGGUGUAUCUCCUGCAACUUGGUCCUUAUCAUCACACAAACCUUGUGUGUGUGCGGAAGCCUAGUGUUUCAACAACAGUUUUCAGGGAGCAGAGGGGUAGCCGUUAGUCUGAUUUUUCUUAUAGA